AUGGAUGUCGCAAUGAUGCAGCGAGCCAGUGAGGGUGCCGAAGGGUUUCCGCACAGUAUCAACAAUAAUAAUGGCGAUGGUAGUGCUGCUGCCGCUGGCUACGAGAAGGCCGCAGCUGGCGGUGUAGCGGGCUACGAAAUUGCAAAUGAAGCAACUCCUCGCGAGCAGACGUCAAAGAUGAGCUCCAGUGUGGCCAGCAUUCUAGACGACACGACUCCGAGUGAUUCGGGUGUGCAGCUGCUGGAUUCCGAGUCCAGUGGAUUGAAUGAAUCGAUGAUUUCCAGUGCAGGUGGGUUCGAGUUUGAUAUCGGUGCUACACCGCCACCGCCGCCGCCACCGACAGCGGUGCCCCAAGGCGGCAGCAGCCCAAUGGUUGAAGAAGUCCUCAACAACAACAACAACCAACAUGGCACAAGGCCCAUGGAGGUGGAAGGCGAGGAGGACGAAGAAGAAACCAUUGCUGGAAAGUUUGCCGAAAUCAGCCUAAGCCACCCUGCGCAGCAUGACACGGCCAAGGUCGGUCUCGGAGAGGAAAAACAGACUACCGACCAGGAGGUGGGAGAAGGAAUCGAAGUCGAUCCAGCGAUGGCGGCGAGCCAGCUUCCGGAUGAGCUCAUAUCGAGCACCUGCUCCACGUUCGACACGGAAAACAUUGUCUAUCGGCGGCGCAUCAAAAAGGUGCCGAGUAACAAAACGCCCAAGAAGCGCGUUUCAUUCCACGAAGACAUCUUGAAGAACACGAAAACAGACAACAUCCACAUCGAGCACGGAUUCAUCACGUACAAGACGGGUGGUGGCGCUGGCGCCGGCAAGAAGGUUGCCAAGGGGCGCUACUCAUGGUGUACGGAGGACGACGGUGACUUUGAUUAUGGGAACGAGGAGGCGUGCGAAGGGCGACAGUACGUGUAUCGCAACGCUUGUUCGGAUGUGCUGGACUACGGGAAGACGGAUGUGUUCGAGAAUGUGGAGGACGAGCAGAACUACGUAAAGUACGACAAUUCGGGAAUCUUCGAGUACGGGCCACUGGAGCGCAGCCGGCGGGCGAUGGGUGGCGGCGUGCUGUACAAGUGCAGCUGCUCCGAUUCCAACUCGAGCCUCGAUUCCGGUGAGGGUAACGAGCGGACCAACUAUCGGCAGGCAAAGUCCAACAGUUGCGAGUGUAUCGGUGGCCCAACCGGAAAGCUGCACCGGGGCGGCGGCGGCACCAAACACCAUAGUAACAACAACAAUAACAACGUGAUAUCGGACAACUGUUACUACAGCGAGCCAAGCAUCGAGCAUCUGGAUGAGUUCAAUGGAAACGUCACGAGCAGCGCCAGCGAAGUUGACCGCGAGCAGCAAUUUGUAAAGUCGGUCUGGAGCAAGGAGAAGAAACCAAAGAGCAGCUGUCUGAAGAAGACGAAGCGCAACAGCAUCUACACGAACGUAGUGGUGCCGGAAUACGAUCUGAACCGAAAGGUGAAAAAGUUCAAUGUGCAUCAGCGGCUGUCGGUGAUCGACAAUAGCAGGAUGAUCUUUGGCUCGUUGAAGGAUAUAUUCGGGAUCACGCUCCCGGAGCGCGGUGUUCCGGAGGGCUCGGAGGAUAUGUCGUCGGUACGCGAGUGCAUACCGGAAACGCACGACGAUCAGCUGGCGGUAGUGGACGGGGAUUUCACCGUCGUGCCGAAACCGAAAUCGUUUUUGUCGAAAAGUCUUGAUGGUGGGUUUAACGCACGCAGCGGAGGAGGUCGUUCGGGUGGAGGUGGUAAGAAGUACGUUCACAACGUGGACGAACAGCUGCGCCGCAAGAACGAUGACGAUCUGUAUGCUCCGAGUCGGAAGAAUAGUGUCGAAGAUCAGGAGCCGGAGGGACAGGAAGGACCGAUGGAUGCGGCACCGGAGAUACCACCGCCGGCUGCGGAGCGCGAACAAGAAGCUCCUACGCCACCUCAAUCGGUCGGCGGAACUACCACGGUCAGCGGUGCCGCCUAUCGGAAUAAAUUUAUCAUCAACGGUGAGAGCACGGUCUUUGAGCAUACCGGCGUAUCGUACUGCUUCGAGGACGAGCAAAGGAAAUCACCGCUCGAAGAGGACAAAGAGCUGCCGGUCGGAGAAACAACCGGAGGAUCGUUCAUUGGCAAGACGCAGAUCAAAAAGAAGCUUUCGAACAUUUUCCAAAAAAUUAACGUAAUCAGUUCGAGCGCUUCCACUCCCACACCGGUUCCAUGUUCCGGCGAUGGUGAUGAGGAUGGCGAAACGGUUGAUGGGAAAGUCGUAAACCGAACAGAAACAGACGAUGUACGACCACCGGCACGAGACACUGGGGACAUCGCAAAGCAAGCCAAUGCCGGCACUGCAAUGGAAAGUAGCAACAUUUCGUCGUGUGGCAGUGAGCAUUCCGAACAGUCUACUUUUUCGGGCAAAACGUCCAGCACCUCAACCGCGAGCAGGGAAGGGGCCUUGUUGAGCUCACCCAAAGGAUCAAUCGCUGGCGUUACCAGUCGUCAUUUGUCGUCACCUGCGCGUAAAAAAUCGCUAACGACGACGCGCAUGGAACCGUCCCGGCACCACCGGAUGAUGCCUGAUCUGUUCAAUAUCACGCCUCGGCACCUGCAAACUCUCGAUCGCCAGUUGGUGGAAGAAUUUGAUGACAUCCUGACCGUAACGGCGAUGACGGAUGAUCAGUCUCAGCACCUGAACGAAGAUAAACGGAGCGGCAAUGUGGAAGAGGAAAUAAUUGGCCUUGGAACGAAGGAUGAUCUCGUGAUUCUUGACUAUCCCCCAGCGUCCAGUGCGUCGAGUUCUGUGCAAACCCCUCUAACACCCCAUUCGGAGGACUAUUCCGAGGGAAUGGCUGAAUCACUAACGAAGACGGCGGCAGCCAACCGGCAACCAUUCCGAGCACGCCAUCACGGUCACAACACGAUGACGUCAUCGACGAGCAGCUCCACGUCGACGGCUUCGAAAAGUUCACUAAUCAAUCGCUUUCUGCGGAACGUGACGCAGAAGAAGAUCCUGGAGGCGACGAUCAAGCAAAAUCCCUUCUUCAAGUCCAAACUGAACGGAGAGCGCAAGUUGUUCGAAAGCCUCGUCCCACGCGGUGCGCCGUCCGUGAACCGGGAGCUGAUUGAGGAUCUGAACGCCGAAAUCGCGAUGGAGAUCGAGUUAUCCGCUUCCGGCUGCCAGCUGGAGAGGGUUGAGCUGAACGAUACGUACGCGCAGUCGGCAGCGACGGAACGUUGUCCGUUGGCACUCGGGGGUGUAAAGUUUGACGGUGGCGGCAUCGGGGUCGGUGAGCUGCCGGUCGAACUAUUCUCGGCCGGCGAACGACGGCUGUCGAUCUAUCGGAACGAUGGCGAAGUACUGAUGAAGGUUUUCAAGUUGUUCAACGGAUAUAGUCGCGAGGGUUACAUGACCCCGGUGCUGGUGUUUCUGACCGAUCGUACACUAUACGUCACGGAUCAGGUGCGGAAUCGGCUGUGCAACAAGUUCGUGUUGCCAUACGCCGAGCUGGACGUGAUUUUGGUCGGACCGUAUGGCAACACGGUGUUGCUGAGCAAUUCGGCGCGCGAUAUGCAGCAGGUGCUGCUGGCCGGAGGCCCUUACCCGGCCGAAGGGUUGGUAUCGAGCCUAGAACUGUGCGCCCGGCGGGGAGGCUCAGUGCUUCCGGCGGUAGGGCAAUUGACGUUAGACCAUCUGGCACCACUGCAGGCGUUCGUGCGCGACCACUCGAGCGUUAGCCGGGAAGAUUCUUGGAAGUACUACGCGGUGGUAAAUGUCCCGGCCGGAACGCUUGGUGGUGAGGACACUCCACUCGGACCGCACAUCAAAGGUCCGCUGAUGCAUCGCCGGAUGUCACACGCCGGGUUCGUGGAUAACUGGGCGGCAGGAUACUUUUUGCUCAAAGCUGGAGUGUUGUAUCUGUUUGGUGAUGCAUCGCAGAAAUUACCCACAUGGGCCGUGGCGUUGGCCGAAUGCCAAGGAGCACGGCGUUCGGUAAGCUCCGGACGGCCCUACUGUUUCGAGUUACUGCUCCGCACCGGAGCUCUUCAGCUGGCCGCUCCCGACGAGUAUGUGGCCUCGGAUUGGCUGCAAGCUCUCGUACAAGCAGCUAGUGGGGUACGAUGUUGCUGCGAAUCGAAGUGUCGCUCCCAGCGAGUAACAUAAUUUGGAUUUGUAUUACCGUUUCAGCUUUUCGAAGUCCAAGAACGUCGCCGUACUCUUGGUUGCACACUGAUCAUGACCUCAAACCAUCUGCUUACCCUGCGAGAAGACUUUAGCGCACCGCUGCGGCGUAGUACGGCCAUCGGCAACGGUGGCGAAAUCAGCCAACCGUCACCAUCCUCCUCGUCGCAACAAAUUCUGCUCACAAAUUCGUCACCCUCGAAGGAGAACAUUAGUCCCAACAUUCAACGGAAGGGUAGCAAUGUUUCGAGUAACACGGGGGGCAUCCUACAGGAUAAUCAUAGCGAGAUAAGCUCCGUGCGUUCCAACUGCAGCACCCCAACCCGAUCGCACGUUCCACUGGGCGGAAUGGACCGGCGUUCCAACUGCUCUUCUACAAGUACCCCGACCCGAAGCAGCCUGCUCCUGCAGCAAACGAAUUCUUCCCCCGCCCGAAGCCUUUCCCGGGUAAUGUCGGCAGCUAACGGUGUCUCAUCUUCGACACCACCAUCAGCAGCAGCAGAGUAUGCCGCCACUAGCGUGGACCGGGAAGAGAAGAGCUAUACCAACAUGACCAGCUUCUAUGGCAAAAACUCGGGGGUCGAAGUGCUCACCUGUGCCAGCAUCGACGAAAUGUCGGCCGUUAAAAUACCGGCCGUUGCCUCAAACUGGUGGUGCAUUCUGGAAUUCGAGUGUCAAGAGGUGAGAGAGAAUUCCGACGAUUUGGUUGUAUUCUUUUCCACCAGCGCCGAACAGGAACGCUUUCUGUCAAUGCUGGCCGCCAUUUGGCACGCAAAGAAGCGUGAUCCUUUCCCUGCUGCUAUCAUCAGCAGAGAUGAUACGGUUUACGAUCACUGUUCGAAACUGUUUCUGGAGAUCAACCGUUCCUGGGAACCACUGCUUUCGGCUGCCUUGGGAUACCCACAGUAAUUAGUAAGCAGGCCGGUGGAUCAUCCCCUCAGUACAGCAGGCGAGUAGUAACGCUCUAUGUUUUUAAUUUUACUUUUAAAGUUUAAAUAAUUUUCACAU